UCAUUGCCGCGAGAGGGGAGAAAGGCUAGCUAUCAGGAGAGAUCCAUCGCUCAGGAACAGGAAGAAGUGAGGCGACAGCUCUGCAGGAUGGCAUCGGAGAAGGUGGAGACGAUCGUGGCAGGGAACUACAUGGAGAUGGAGCACGAGCCCGGCGGCGGCGGAGACCAUGACCAGCAACCCAGCGGCGGCGCGGCGUCGUCCACUUCAUCCAGCUCCAGGGGCGGCGGCAAGAAGAAGGCCCUGUCGAGCCUGUUCUGGCACGGCGGGUCGGUGUACGACGCGUGGUUCAGCUGCGCGUCGAACCAGGUGGCGCAGGUGCUGCUGACGCUGCCCUACUCCUUCUCGCAGCUGGGCAUGGCAUCCGGGGUGGUGUUCCAGCUCUUCUACGGCCUCAUGGGCAGCUGGACCGCCUACCUCAUCAGCAUCCUCUACGUCGAGUACCGCACCAGGAAGGAGCGCGAGAAGGUCGACUUCAGGAACCAUGUCAUCCAGUGGUUUGAGGUUCUGGAUGGGCUACUGGGGAAGCACUGGAGGAACGUCGGCCUCUUCUUCAACUGCACUUUCCUCCUCUUCGGCUCCGUCAUCCAGCUCAUCGCAUGUGCAAGCAACAUCUACUACAUCAACGACAAGUAUGACAAGCGGACGUGGACGUACAUCUUCGGCGCCUGCUGCGCCACCACCGUGUUCAUCCCCUCCUUCCACAACUACCGGAUCUGGUCCUUCCUCGGCCUCCUCAUGACCACCUACACCGCAUGGUACCUCACCAUUGCCGCCAUCGCACACGGUCAGGUGGAAGGUGUGACGCACUCGGGCCCAAGCAAGAUGGUGCUCUACUUCACCGGUGCCACCAACAUCCUCUACACCUUUGGAGGCCAUGCUGUCACUGUGGAGAUCAUGCACGCGAUGUGGAAACCGCACAAGUUCAAGCUCAUCUACCUGGUGGCGACGCUGUACGUGCUGACGCUGACGCUGCCGUCCGCCUCCGCCGUCUACUGGGCCUUCGGCGACAUGCUCCUGGACCACUCCAACGCCUUCGCCCUCCUCCCGCGCUCCGGCUUCCGCGACGCCGCAGUCAUCUUCAUGCUCAUCCACCAGUUCAUCACGUUCGGGUUCGCGUGCACGCCACUCUACUUCGUGUGGGAGAAGCUGAUCGGCGUGCACGAGACGGGGAGCGUGGCCCUGCGCGCCGCCGCGCGGCUGCCCAUCGUGGCGCCCAUCUGGUUCCUGGCCGUCGUCUUCCCGUUUUUCGGCCCCAUCAACUCCACCGUGGGCUCGCUGCUGGUCAGCUUCACCGUCUACAUCAUCCCGGCGCUGGCGCACAUGGCCACCUUCUUGCCGCCGGCCGCCAGGGAGAACGCCGUGGAGCGGCCGCCGCGCGGGCUGGGCGGCUGGGCGGGGAUGUACGCCGCCAACUUCUUCGUGGUGGCGUGGGUGCUCGUCGUCGGCUUCGGCUUCGGUGGCUGGGCCAGCACCGUCAACUUCGUCCGCCAGGUCAACACCUUUGGUCUCUUCACCAGGUGCUACCAGUGCCCACCGAGGCACUGACUCGAUGAUCGACCACCAAGAUUAAUAUAUCAACAAAUUCAUAUGCAUGCUUGAAUUUCUUGAGGAAACAUAUGCAUAUGCCUAGUCAUAGAGAGAGAGAGAGACAUCACAAGAUCAUGACGAAGAGGGUGUUCAAUUUCCAUGUCGACGUAUGUAUGACGACGAUCCACAUGGUGUGUCCUUGUCGGUAUGUAUGCGCUACGAACGGAUGUGUGUAUCUCUCGUUAAGAUAUAUAUUGAUAUUGAUCGAAUUAAGCGUUACGUGUGAGAGUUACGUUGUAGCCAUGCAAUUCAGACUGAUAUUUGAAUCUAUCUUUCCGGAGAAAAAA